AUGGAUCAACGAGGAUUUACCCUGGCGGAAGGUCAGCCAAUUUCUGACCCUUCCGUCAGUACCACUUUGCCCAUGGCAGGUGGUGGUGGCUUUACAACAUUAGGAGAUACUCUUCUUCUUGAGACUUUGUCUCAUUUUAACCGAGAGCGAAUUCCAGAGAGAGUUGUUCAUGCCAAAGCAGCAGGCGCCUGGGGCACUUUCGAAGUGACUAACAAUGUCUCUUCUCUAACUGGGGCAAAAUUUCUCAGUCAGAUUGGCAAAAAGACUCAAGUUCUCUUUCGUCUUAGCACCACCGGAGGAGAAAAGGGUAGUGCCGAUACAGUUCGAGAUGUACGUGGAUUCUCUGUCAAAUUUUUCACCGAAGAUGGAAACCAUGAUAUUGUCGGAAAUCAUAUUCCCGUUUUCUUCGUACGCGAUCCCAUGCGAUUCCCUUCCUUGAAUAGGAGCCACAAAAGACAUCCCGCGACUAAUCGACCGGAUCCGACCAUGUUUUGGGACUUUCAUGUCAACCAACCGGAAAGUGUACACGCUCUUAUGCACCUCUUUGGGUCACGAGGUCUUCCUGAUUCGAUCCGACGAGUGACUGGGUUUGGUGUUCAUACUUUUAAACUGGUGGCCCCGGACGGAACUUUCAGAUACUGCAAAUUCCACUUCCGCCCUGUUGAAAGUCCAACGUAUUUGUCUAAUCAACAGGGUACACGACUGGCUGGUGCCAAUGCCGACUUUCACACUCAGGAUUUAUGGGAAUCUAUCUCCCGCGGUCAUUUCCCAGUUUGGAAGAUGUACAUUCAGGUCAUGAACCCCGAGCAGGCGGAGGAGUUUGGCCGCGCUCUUUUCGAUAUUACCAAGGUCUGGUCACACAAAAGCUUUCCAUUGAUAGAGGUGGGCAAAAUGACUCUCAGCAAAAACCCAGAAAACUACUUCGCGGAGAUUGAGCAAGCUGCAUUUUCCCCUUCAAACAUGAGAGAUGGACUAGGUACUGUGACCAAGAAUUAUGGAUCCGAUCCAAACUAUGUGCGAAGCUCCCUUAGCCGAGUCGUGCCAAACCACCCGGUCUCUUUCGUGCGCCACACUGAGCGCCUUCAGCGCGAUGCUAUCCUUGGUCCACAUGAGAUACCGGUGGAUGAAGAGGAUUUUCAACAGCCAAGAGAUCUGUGGAGCAAGGUAUUUGAUGAGAACGAGAAAUCUCGGUGGAUUUCAAAUGUUUCCGAAUCGCUGGAAGGAGUUUCUGAAGAGUUGAGACAAGCCGUGAUUGCCAUGUUCAGCAAGGUCGAGCCUGAAAUUGGAGAGAGGAUCGCAAACCAAUUUAGAGAGGUGUCUCGUCUGUAA